GGUACAAAACGGAUGAACUCUGGUGACGUAGCAGGGAGACAACAUGGCGAGCGGCAGCGGAGUGACCAUGGAUGGAGGAGACAUGAUGCGAUAUGCUGAAUACACUCCAAAAACAACGGCAAGGAGCGACGCAGAGAUAGACAGACGGCUGGGAGGAACUCUGAUUGCAGUCGGUCUUGGUGUGGCUGCUGCAGGUUUUGCAGGCCGCUAUGCAUUCCAGCUGUGGAAGCCUCUUGGACAAGUCUUCUCCGAAACUGUCAAGAAGAUGCCCACAUCAGCUUUCUCGUCGUAUUACAAAGGUGGUUUUGAGCAGAAGAUGUCCAAACGAGAGGCCAGCCUCAUUCUUGGCAUCAGCCCAGUCAGCACUAAGGCCAAGGUACGUGAUGCCCAUCGAAGGAUCAUGGUCCUGAACCAUCCAGAUAAAGGUGGGUCACCGUAUCUCGCUGCAAAGAUCAAUGAGGCCAAAGACCUUUUGGACAAAGACAUCCGGCGAUAACCUGCACUGUUCACAAACACUUUAGAGACUUCCAUGACUUGGUUCAUAAUCUCAGCUCUGUUGUACUGCUCCAUCAAUAAUGACAUCAACACCAGACCUGGACCUCCACUCCGGCUCCUGGAAGAUGACAGAAAAAUAUAUAUCAUGACAGUGUCCGUCUUUAGCUGGUUACAUAACUUACCUCAAACUGUAUUUGUCAGUCUUCAGAACAUAUAAAUACGUAUUUUCAUGAGUAGGGAAUGUGGUACAGUUGGCCUCUAGUGGUAACUGUUGUGCAAAAAGAGGACAGUACUGCUGCUGGGUAUAACUUUUUGGAACGAGUACGCAUAUGUCAGCAUGUAAGUUAUUGCAUAGUGAUGUAAUCUAUUUAAUUAGAAUAAUAAAUUCUGAUGUUUCCAUGUUUAACAGUCACUACGGUCAUGGUGAAAAUAGUUUUUUUUUUUUUAAAAUAAACUUAAAAAAUAGA